CAGCGUCUGCCGCUCAUUUGUCAUGAGCGGUUUUUUAAAAUUCGGCAUUCUUUAUCAGCAGAACCGCUUCUGCCCUUUCCAUUCCGAAUUCCUUCUCCGGGCCGAAUGCCACGAAGCAUUCUGAUUGUUUUCGUUUCCAUCGGUUGAAUAUCAACCCCGGCGCCCCCCGAUUCUGUCCGCGGGAGUCCAGAAUUCCCUGCUUUCCCGUCGUUCGCGUUCCGUCAUGUCGCGAGUUGCGUCCUCGUAUCCACGCGGUAGAAGGCUGUUUGCACAACAUAGUACCCGAUUUGUCCGCGCGGAGGCGUGGCGCACGCCUGACCGCGCCGCCAGUGUAGUAACAGCUGAAGGCGGAAGUAGACGUCACUGCGUUGUUUCGGUUUCGCCACUCGUGUUGCACCACCACGCAUCUGCCGGUAUCUCCGUCUCCCUCGCUCGUCAAAUAUAGCUCCUAUAUUGCCACCGAGGCGUGAGGACGACGGAAAUUUCGUUUCCUUUUUACCGAUAGCUGUGUGGUUUUGUUUGCAAAUUGAUUGCAAAGUGUUUACGCUCCACGGGGUCGGCACCGCGCCGCGGUUGACGUCGAGAAGAGUUCGUCAUCGUACGUGUUGUCCAGCCGUCAGCAAGCAUGCCAGGCCGCGCCAUGAAGUUUGAAAAAAAAUUUACAAUGAUGCAAAAUGGAAUGGACACGAUGCCGCAGCACAACGGGACAAUGCACACCAACUCGUCCCACAACUCCUCCGCGAAUUCCAACGAGGAGAGCAAGACCAAUUUGAUAGUCAACUACCUUCCACAGACUAUGACACAAGAAGAAAUACGGUCUCUAUUUUCAUCUAUUGGUGAAGUAGAGAGCUGUAAACUCAUCAGAGAUAAAGUCACUGACACAGGACAAAGUCUGGGUUAUGGGUUUGUAAACUAUCACAGACCGGAGGAUGCGGAGAAGGCAAUCAACACGCUGAAUGGCCUCAGGUUACAAAAUAAAACUAUUAAGGUUUCCUUUGCAAGACCGAGCAGUGAAGCAAUUAAGGGAGCUAAUUUAUAUGUGAGUGGUCUUCCAAAGAGUAUGACUCAACAGGACUUGGAAAACCUGUUCAGUCCCUAUGGCAGAAUAAUCACAUCUAGAAUCCUCUGUGACAAUAUGUCAGUACGCCAGUUUGUGAGCGGAUCGGACAGUGUUCCAUGUCUUUCUAAAGGUGUGGGAUUCAUUCGAUUUGAUCAACGUAUGGAAGCUGAGCGCGCCAUUCAAGAGUUAAAUGGGACAGUGCCGAAGGGAUCAACAGAACCCAUCACCGUCAAGUUCGCCAACAAUCCUAGCAACAAUAAUAAAGCUAUGCCACCACUGGCUGCUUACCUGGCUCCUCAGGCUGCUCGGCGCUUCGGUGGACCAAUGCAUCACCCCACAGGCCGCUUCAGCCCAUACGGACUGCCCCUGUGGCCAGACACAAGAGAUAGCACUGGCAAGACAAUGCUAGCCAUUAACAAAGGUCUCCAGAGCAGGUACUCUCCACUCGCGGGUGACUUGUUGGGUCAAUCCAUGCUUCCCGGCAACAGUAUGAGCGGAUCUGGCUGGUGCAUCUUCGUUUACAACCUGGCUCCUGAAACGGAAGAGAAUGUCCUGUGGCAGCUGUUUGGCCCCUUUGGAGCAGUUCAGAGUGUCAAGGUGAUUCGUGAUCUUCAGACCAACAAAUGCAAGGGCUUUGGUUUUGUAACCAUGACCAACUACGAUGAAGCUGUUGUUGCUAUCCAAUCACUAAAUGGCUACACUCUUGGUAAUAGAGUCCUGCAAGUCUCAUUUAAAACCAACAAGAGUAAAACCUCAUAAGAUAAGCCUGGGUGUAUAAAUUAUUUUGCUGUGACUUGAGCUAGUCAACUUGGGAGUAUGACCUGAAGGCUUAAUUUGUCUCAACCUCAUCCUUGUACUUAAUCAUCAAUUAUUUUAAGGUUUAGGAUAAUCGCAAAGUUGAGAGGGAAUUUUCUAUGAUUGUGAAUAGCACUGUUUGUUACCAUAUUUAAAGGUUGAAAUCUUCCAUUAUUUAAGUGAAUGUCUUGGGACAAAUUUAGCGUUCAGUUGUUAUAUCUUCAUCUGUUAAAAUGUCCUGAUGUUAAAAUGAAAUUGAGCUAGUCAGACUAGUGCAAAAUAUGUACUACCUUUCCCCUAUCCCUGUUUUCCCUUCCCUGCUGGCAGAGAUUGCCAGACAUACCAAGUUCUUAUUUAAACUUCAUUUGUAUUCCUUGAUAUUGCUUUGUUUGGCAGUUGUCUGCCAGCUAAUUUUGUUCAUCCAAUGGUGAGAAUAUUUUAAGUCAACUUGCUCACCUGCCAUGGCAUCCACUAUUCAUGAAUUUUAGUUUUGUGUAUUUCAAAAUGCGUAUUGCUGUAAAUUCAGCAAGUCAAACUUCUCAUUUAAGUUUUUUAAGUUUUUUCUUUUGUGUGUGUUUUUCUUGCCUUUUGUAUACUUUAAACUCACUUUAACUGGUUUUGUAUGCACAUUUAUUUGCUGCCGUGCUCAGCAGUAACUUAGAUUUUUUUUUUGUUUGGAUUGUUUUGUUUUCAUUUGACUGUGAAACUUCACUGCAGCUUUUUUCUAGUGCACAUCAUUUGUGCAGAUUAUUUUUGUGGGUGCAUUGGCCAUGUGUGCAUUGCAUACUUAAGUGCAAUCUUGUGUGCUCACUAUGAGUCUUUCACACAGAUUGCAGAUCAUAGCUUUACUUUGUAUGUUCAAUGUAUUAUUGUGUGAAUGAGAAGAUGUGUGUGUAUGUGUGCGUGUUUAUGAGAGAGAGUGUGUGUGUGUGUGUGUGUGGAUAAUAUACUGUACCUGUAUAUUUGUUUAUAUACCACUAUAAAUGUGUAUUUAUUAAGCCUACUGUUCCAUAACGUGACUUUAUGAUCAAUUCUUUCUUUCUUUUGUACUACGUGCAUUGUAGCGCUGUUAUGAACUCAUGUGAAUGUUUUGCUAGUCAUUUACUUUAGUGUUAUUUGUGGUCUGUUAAAUGAUGUUGCAUUUACUAUGCCAUCUUGAGUUAUGGUGCAGUAGGCUGAGAAACUUGAGUCCACACACACAUACAAAAGUUGUAUUUGUAACAAUUGUUGCAUCUGUGUAGCUAUAAAGAUUGGAACUUGACAUAUUGUCAUGUUCAUUUAGCUUGGUGUUGUGUUAUUGUUUGCAUUUCAUCACUACCUUUGGCAUCUGGCUGUGUCAACUUAAUGUGACUACGCUGUGUUUUGCAGCAUCAUGAUGCUAUGAUUAUUAUAUUUAUUACCUUAGUUGUCUUCUGAGGUGUGUUGAUGCGCCAAACACUUUGCGUAAGAAUGAUUUCUCUUUUAAGGGACUUCCAGUAUUGACUUUAUAAGGAAAAUGAAUUUGCACAGCAUAAUACUAAAGUACAGUUAUGCAAAUGAUCAGGUAACUUUAUCAAAUAUACUGCCCAACAAGAUAUGUUGACUUCCAGAAAGAAAUUUAUUUUUGUAAGACCGCAUGUCAAAUUUAACAAAUGCAUUCCUAGGGCAAAAGAUUUUAAUGAGCCGUAAUGAGAAAACUUAAGAGUAAAUUUGAAUUAAUCUAUCAAAUGGGACUACAUUUAUGUUUUGUGCCCGAUAGAUACUUCUUCCUUGAAAGGAUUGCUCGUCCAAAGCACACAGUGGGAGGGAUGUGCUCCACCCACACCGUAAGUACUAAUUGUACUUAUAUGCUAUUUGUACUGUACCAUACUGAAGCACUAGGCCUAUUUACGUCACGUAGCUCUGGUAUGGCACAAGAAUCUGCCUCAGUGCUGUGGGUUGUACUGAUUUGCUCCAGGGGAUAUGGCAGUGGUAUAUCAUGAAAUCAGACUGAUGAGUGAAAUUACCAUAAUGAAUAUCAAGGGUAUGAAUGAAAUGUAUUUUAAUAAGUGAUGGGAGGGGUAGGGGAGGUGAGGGGACACGUGAGAUGGUAGUAUUAUUACUGUUAGGUACAGUGCUGUACUGGUCUCAUAAGCUGUACCAAUCAAGUGCAAUAUCACAAAUGUUAUAAGUGUGUCAAAUAAUAUCCUCCUUGGCUCUCAGGAUGACUAGAUGAAUACUUCUUGAGAGAGCCAGCCGUGUUCCCUUGGGGCGAAUCAUAUUUAGGCUUAAGGAGAAUAGUCACCUAAGCUGCAGGAAAUGUGACUAAACUUUCCUAUUUUCUGAGAAAAUGUGUCUUAAGUCGCUGCUCUAUUGUUAGAUAUAAUUAUUGCACAGAGGAGUGGUCUUCUUUGACUUGAUAAUGGAAGCAAUAAGAGAAUUAUGAAACUAGUCAAAUGUUUUUAAAAUAUCAGUAGCACUAUUUAAAGAGAAACAAAUACAAUGAAACAUGGUUUUCGUUAGAAUGCCAUUUAAUGGAGCCAAAAUAUUCUUUUAAUUAGAUGGUUUGACUGUAAAACGAAAAUAAAAAAGUGUUCUAUUUUGAAAGUAUUACAACCCUAGGCAAAGCCUAGGGUUUGUUUUGUACCGGACUUUGUAUGCAGACCACACAGGUCUGGUAGCGGUAGCAGCAGUGACCAUAAUGACAGAUUUUCAGGUGAUUUAUUUUCUAUUCAAAAGUUGGCUGUUCACCUUAAUCUAAUGUUAAAAUGAUUGUAAACUAAUAGGGGUAUAACUCUCUGUACAUACAUUAUCUGAGAUUAGGAAUGAUAUAGGAAAACUUUUGAUAAAAAAUCAUGCUGUUAUAGAAGUAAGAGUUAAUACAGUAAGCGGAUUUUUAAAAGUUGAAUGUACUCGUUUCACUUUCCAGUCCUAUCAUUAAAACCAACAAAUAUUACUUUGAACAUUCCUCAUCUAAUGAAUUCAUUAUUUCUUAUUAAGGGGCAGGCUGUACCCAUGGACCUAGAUUUAUUAUUGAACAAUGAACUGGCCUUCCCAUCUACUGAGGUCCAGAGCUCAUUAUUUCACCGGUUGGCUUUGAAUCAAAUCCUAUUGUCGCUUUGAAGCGUCAUAAAUCACAAGGCAUCUCUCAUUGAUGCAGUAGACAGAUCUGGGCCUUUCUCUGUUGAUGUCUAUCAUUUUUUUCUCUUUAUGUUCAGAGCAUUGUUAGUGUAAGACACAAAGAUGACUUAUGGGUGAAAAUAAAGCCCAGAUCUUGUAUAUAGCUAUCUUCUCUGGGUCUCAGACUGUUAAAGUUUGUUAAGUAUUAUUGGAGUACCUGGAUUGAACGUAGGGCCGUAGUGAUAAGCGGCUUCUGUUGGAUCUAGUGACUUUUGGCUGUUGGAGCAUGGAGAAAGAAAAUGAGAAAACUUUCAAUAAUGAAAUUUAAAAAAAAAGAAACUUAUGAAAUCUUAUGAAAAAUGAGUCUUCUUCUGAACUGUCUGCCAAGGUUUUAUGAUCUGUGCCCUAGGGACUUGGGAAAGCAUUGAGGUGAUUUAUUCAACCCCAAAUGUAAUGUGAAUGAAUCGGAUGCGUGGCCAGAGCCAGAUCACUCAAACUUGCUUUAAUAUUUUUGGGUUUAGGUUGUGGACGCUGUUUCUGCAUUUAUCCAACUUUAUUAUUGUGAUCUGUGCUGAGCGAAUUUGCAUACAGUUAAAAUCACUUUGAAGCUUAAUUGGACCUCUUUGUUCUAAGAAACUUAAACCAGCUGCAAUUUGACCACAGGUUCAUGAACUUAGUGUGGAAAAUGAUUAUUAUGUUACUUUGAUAUAUUUCUUGUUCUUAAUUAUUACCAAUACGUAUUGUGGUUUGCUUGAUUAUGGGCGCAGCUAUGCUCACUUGUUUUAUUCUUUCUAUUUAGAGAUAAGAUCAGUCAAAUGCAGUCCGUAUGCGUAAAAUCAUGUGUUGCAUAUGACACAAUGGAUAGAACUGGAUGCGUCUCUUUGCAACACAUGUUAAGCUUACACAUCUUACAACAUUCCUUUUGUAGUAAUUUCUUUUCAAUUCAAUUUGGGAGGUGUGACUAUAUCCCAGAAAAUUACGUUUUUUUCUUGACUCUUGGUUUUUCUUUGCCCCCAAUUUUGAAAUACUCCCAUAGUUGUGUGUGAUGUACUUUGAUAUUAUGAGAUGAUUUGGAGCUCACUUGUUGUAGGUCAUGUUCCAAAAUUUAUCCAAACGACUUUGUUCACUUUUUGGCCAUCAUCUCUGGGCAGAUGUAGGUAUUAUCAGAUGCAAACAUGUGCUCGAGCUCCAGUUCUUCCAUACACAUUUUAUCAUGGAAAUUUGUGAAAAAUGGCCUAAAUUUUAUUGAUCCAUGACUACAGAUGUGAGAAAGACUGCUUUUGAAGGAUCUUGCUUAUUUAUUAGUAUUUGUAAUCAUCUUUGUGUGGUGUAAUUUCUAGGUUGUAAACGUUGAUACCAAAGGAAAGUGGGCUUUAUGCUCCUAAAUGACUCAAAUAUUUGUGUCUAAGCAUUCCAUUGUCUUUUGUUUAAGGAACUGGUGGUUUCUGUAUUAUAGCCAGCCCCACAAAACAGUAAUGCAAAUGCAACAACAGGAAAGAAAUUGACACGGUCAUAGUUCUGCUAUUGAGACCAUCUCACUGCACUUAUUUCUUGGUGGUCUCAUCAAAAGUCACCGUUAUUUAUGAAUUUGGUCAAGGCUUCUCUCAGAGAUUUUGCUUGUACAUUUCUUUUCUGUCGUCACAACUGAAAAGCACCACUUAUGAAGUUCAUCCCAGUAUCUUAAAUUACGUUGAUUUUAAUUAAAUUUAUUUAUUGAUGCAGUUGUGUAACAAGCUUUGGUGUUUAGCUCUUAGACUGAGUUUUAUUGUGCUUACUUUAAUGUCUUCAAAAACUCAUUUUAGUAUAUUGAUUAUUUACAAUAACAAAUAUUUGUACCAAAAUUAUUUAAAGCCAUAUGCUUUUACCAAAAAAAUGUUACUUCAAGGUACAAAAUUGCUAGAUUUUGUGUUUAUUUGUGUGUUAGCUUUAUUUAUAAUAUGUUACAUGAUCAGGUGCAAAACUGGCCAACAAUGUAGGUUUUAUGAGUUUUUCACUUUUCAAACAUUUUGUCAUUAGCUUGUGAACCUCUGUUAAGAGUAUGUGUUAUACAACCAAAUAUUCAUUUUCUUUCUUUUUAUUUUCUUUGCAGUUUUCUGGUCUAAGUAAAAUAAUGACUCAUA